GAAGAAGAAGUGUCAUGGCGGUGUCCUACAGCUUAGUUACUGACAGGGAAUGAGUUAGGGGAGAGUUGCCGCUUUAUUCUUGAAGACUCAACAAGAAGCAAAACGAGAGGCGAUAUGUUUUGUGAAACGGCUCAGUGUUUAAAAACGGCGGCUCCGCUGCUCUCUCACACCGCCUUUGUGAGGGAUUUGAGACGGCUGUCGGCACAUGGGGGAGCCGGCUGCCUGCAGGCCCGGAGACACCUCACUGUCAGCCGCUGUCUUACAGCCAAGGUCCCCCCUCCGCGGAAACCCAGGGAGAAGGUCGAAAUCCCCGGACUGGAGAUGGUCACAUACGAAGAGAGGAUGCACUAUAUCCCGGGGCUGGCUAAGCCUGCUUACAAGGACUGGGAGAGGGACUACAAGGACCCUCGAUAUUACAAGUCUCCCCCUGCUCACGAAAUGGCGUUGUAUAAAGACAAACCGUGUUAUAUAUUCAACCAGAGGACCAGCGCGCUGGAAGGUGUGCGUCAGGCUGCAUGGUUGACCAAAACCAAGGUGAUUGCAGGUCUCCCUCCACAGAUCCUCUCCCUUGCAGAGAAUCCCGAAAAUCAGAUACCAAAUCAGGAAGAGCGUGUACAGAACGCCAUCAGACAUGCUCGCUUCUGGGACACGACAGAGGAUCGACCACGUAAAGAGAAAUACAGCAACACUCUGCUCCUCAACCUGCUGCAUCUGUGUGCGACUCUACAGUCCAGUCACCCGGCCAUCAGCAGGAGGAUGCUUGAAGAGAACUACUCGUUGGCAGCCACAUGGAAGAGAGGUGAGGACCUCUUCCAGAUAAGGGGUCAGAACGGUUUACUGCACAACAGCAUGGAUCCUCUCCCAGAGGUUUCUGGUAAACAGGAGGUGGCCGACACAGCAGAUCACAUCCUGGACACCUUCUACCCUGUCUCCCCCACCAUUGACCUCCAGAAGGUACAUGUGUACAAGGAGGAGGUAAACUGCACAGGUUUCAGAGGCGACUACCCUUACCCUCAUGCCCACACGCUUUACUUCCUGGAGUCAGUCGAUCCUCGCUGUAAGCUCCACCCUGAGCCGUUCAGAACCAAGAUGAUCAUGUUCACCUUUGGAAACGCUCUGGCCCGUGCACACAAGCUAUACGGGAUUCAGCCCCAGCGAGUUUUGGACCGUCCUGUCACAGUGCAGGCAAUCGGGACCAACGGUAGAAUUUUCCAGUUUAUGGUUUUCCAGCUGAAUACCACAGACUUGUCAGGAGAUGACGGAAUUAAAAACCAGUUGUGGCUGGAUGAAGAUGUUGAGCUGUAUGAUUUUGCAAAAGUCCGGCCGCUCAUCAAAAAGAAGCAAGUGAAGAUACCAGCUGGUCUGGCAGGAUACAAGCCUGAAACAUUCAGGAAGUUCUUGGCACUGUACCUGCAUGGAGCUGUAUAGGCCUCCUGCACACCUCAUAAAUCUGUUGUGUGUUUGUGUGGAUGGACACACGAUUAGCAGUGAGUUGCUUGUAAAGCAGCAUCUAAUGAAAACAACUCAUUUUCCUUUAGCUUGUUGUGUUUCAUGGACAGUUCAAACUGACUAGAAUGAACUCUGUCAUUCUCACACACAGACUCCAUCUCCAGCUUAAUAACUUCUGAAUAUGGCUUCUUGCGCUCCACAUUUCAUCUGAAUAAAAGCUGCUUUUCUUAA